AGAAAAGACACAAGACUUGUUUUGACUUUGAGGGACGGACGGCGUGUGUCAUGCGGGAAACACUUAGAAUGGAGGGACGGGAAGACUUAACCGGAAGUGACGUAUAAGACAUAAUGAUGAACAUCAAUGCUGAGCAUUCCGGUUCAGGUUCCGGCUCCGGUUCAUCAGAUGAAAUCAGGCAGGUGGUUUCCGGUCGGAGCGGUGGGGGAGAUGAGGGGUCACACACGGACCAACACCACCAUCUUGAGUGGGAUCCAUAUGCGGACGCAGGUUAUGAUGGUAAUCGUAACACCUACGACUUCCGGUGGACUGAGGAAACUCCGCUUGAAAAUGCUUUCACUACUGACUGCACCGGAAAGCACUCGUUUCGUUGGAACAUAUUCAAAUGAAAAAGAUGAUGAAUUUUAUUCCAUCGCUUCAACCGAAUAUCUCAGCCUGGAUGAGGACUUAAGUCCGAGGAUGAAUUCAGAGAACCAAAAAAUCCAAUUAACAUUUCCGAAAAUGGCGUUAAAGUUGAACUUGGAUGUCACGGUCUCCGAAUUCGAUCCUACCACUGGAAAAAUGGAGCUCCUGUGCUCCACUGGAGAUAAGGCGGAUACGUGUACCGUAUUAGAAACAAACGGAAACAUCACAAACUGCGAAAUGUGGUUAAAUGGACAAUAUCUCCUGUCUGAGGCUUCCAGGAGUUCGUCCUCUGAUAUCGAUUUGAAUUCCCAAGGACUUUUUCCGGAAUUCGAGAACUGCAGUUCGGAGAAUCUUCAAUCAUUUUCAGAUUCUAAACUGUCUUGUGACACAAAAACCACAAACGCAAGCGAUAGAUUCAAUGUUGAACCCCUCAUGACCCGUCUUGAUCACGUUCGAAAACAUUAUCGCCUUUUUGAUUUCUCAGAUGAAGAAACAAGUAUCUUUCUGAACAAACAAAUCGAAGAAUCAUCUCAUAACUUAGACCGGCUAAUAGCCUGGUAUAACGAGGGCUGCAAAUCCGACCUCAGUUCACAUGAACCUUAUCGGGGCGUAUCGGAGGAGGGAAUGUCCCGGCCGAAAUGGAUUCAUAUGAACGAAAAUUGUGAGGAAAGAGAAGCAAAAUCAAGUUCAUUUGUACCGGAGACUGCAUCUGCUGAAGACAUUGUCGAUCUUCCCGAUAUGCCACAUCUACCGUCACUGCCGUCUAGCCCGUUGCCAUCACAUGAUAGUCUGGGGGAGUCACGUGAUUCAUUUCCAGAUACUGCGACAACUUGUGAAGGCAGCAGCGUACAAUUUAAAGGCGCUCGCGCAUCAUGGCUCACAAUAUAUAAAAGUAGCAUGCAUUUUGAUCAACAAGAUAUGAUUCAUUCAGGUGAGGAUAUGUCUACGCGUAGCGAUAUUACACCCAGCAUGCAAACCAAUCCGUUGUUCUAUUCAAAGGAAACUACUGAGGCAGAUGACAUCAAACAACAAAUGCUUGAAGGCAGUUUCUUUGACAGCGAUGAAGAGGCAUGGAAAUCCCACAGUUUGGAAAAUAACUCAGAUGUCGAUCAUUGUGUUGAGACCCCUACUAAUUCAUUGAACAAUUACGCGUCGUCAGGUUUUGGACUUAACAAAAAUGAAGAGUUGUACGAGCAGACAGAGAUUAAUAGAUUGAAAAACUAUUCCUCUUCAACACUAUUUGAUUCUGCGUUUGGAAGUAUGCUGCAGGAUGUAUCAGGAGAUGCAGAAUCCUAUACAAAUGUCUUGCCAACUCCUGACACGCCUGUUUUUGAAAAAUCUUCAGCGGGGCAUGGAGACGAAAAGCCAUGUCAAAUAAACGACUCACGUAUUUCUGUAACUCAGACCGAUAUUUUUCAUCUCGGACAUGCGUUGAACAUUCCGUCAGAUAAACACUUGGCUUCGUACCCAAGUCUCAACAACUGCUCAUAUGGCUCACAUUCCCCUGACAAUAUUGAUAAAACGGAAAAGGAAGAAAUUCUUUCAACUUUACUCUCAAAAGAAAGUAAUUAUGAGGAACCUCAUUAUCAAGCGACCUUUGUGAAAGAAGACACCUCCUGUGCUGGCGAUUUCAAUUUAUCGGGGAUGUUCGACGAGAACGCGGAACAUGCUGACUUUUUUGCAGACAAAGCAAGGACACAAUGUCUGAGUUACAAAUCUGAUGAUACUAACUCUGAAGAUAGUUCGUUAUUCGUGUUAUCCUCUGAAGAAAAAAGACAUCUGUUUGCAGAACCAGAGAAGGGUGACAGUAGAGCUUUCAUCACAGAGAAGGAUGAUAAACUUAACGAAGAGAAACUACGUGUACUGGCUAUGAGUUAUGGGUUAUUAGAUGAUACAGAAGUUGGUUACGAAAGCUACGAUAGCGAUGAUUCAAAUAUUUCUGUUGAGAAAAGGGAAGAAAACACGUCACUCUCUCUAUCAGACUGCAAGCUCGAUGAUGACGCUGAUUCCGAGGUGGUAUCUGCGGUUGAUGUAGAUGAACGGAAUGGGCCUGUGGACAAAGAAAGAAGUCCAGAUGGAAAUGAAAUCCCGUAUAAAGUUCGCGAUGAAUGCAUAUCAGGACAAACUAGAUCUAAUAUCACAUCAUUCACAACCAAGCUAGGCGACAUACCAGACGCAGCUUCUUCUGCUAGCGCGUCUAACCAGGAAAGCAGUAACGGUGUGUCAACAAAAUCUAGCUCUACAAACGAUGUCCUUGAUUCAUUUCUGUGGGAGAACAUUACGAGGACGGGUCCAGCGGAUGAAAUCGAGAAGAAACUUGAUCAACACAAGCAAAGUAAAAACUUUCAAAAUGAGGAUGCAUUGUUUAGUUUCUGUGAUGAAGAUCAGAUAAAUUUUCUCGGCAAAUUUCAGUGCUAUAUUGAAUCACUGGACAUGGGCGUGUACGACACUGCCUGGCAGAAUCAGCAGACUAAUACGUCGGUUGAUGAUGUUGAUGAUGAUGACGGAGGCUUUAGCUCUUUCUGUGAAAACAAGGCCAAUGAGUGCAACAUGCAAAAGUUUCUCGGAAAUGCCAUAAACACUUCAAAGAGUGAUGCGUCAGAUAUCAACUCAAUUACCGACUGUAGCAACUUGUUGGAAAACAUAGCCCUGAAGAUGGCAACAAAAAUCGUCAGUGAUUAUUCUCUUACUCAGAGAAAAUCCAACGAAACAAUUCAAAAUCUUUCAGAAGAAACAGUUGAGAGCGCCCGUUCUACAGACAUGCUAAAUGUGCAUUCAUCAGAUGGAAGCAUAAAGACCGAUAAUGAAAAGCAUUCACUUCCAUCACAAAAUUCGGAUCAGAAUGUUAGGUCAACUUCAAGUACAGUUUUUACUUGUCCCUACUUUGACGACAUCUGGCGUCUGGAUCUAGUCACCUCUUCUGCUGAGGACAUGGGAAGAUGGCCCGUAUCUACUUUUUCAGUUUCCGAUUUAGCUUCUAGAUCACACUCACAGGUGAUAGACAUUCUGAACUGCGACAAAAAUGUCGAGCUCCUGGAAUAUUCACUCGACAAUUACAAAGAGGACGACGACGAUGAUGAAGAAAUUACCAACGCAAAGUCCGCCUUGGAAUCCACACAGCUGUUGGCCUGGGUUUCGGAACCCAACAAAACUAGUCAGAGCGAAUUUGCUUCACAACAGAACAAUGUUUCAGACACUCUCUCCCAGCAAGGUAAUGUGAAUGACCCCACAACGAAAAAUGGCAGAGAUUGUGAUCAGAGAUCAGAAUCGAAAGAUGUUUGUGAAAAGGUUAAAAGGGAGAGUUCGUCGAAGGAGUACGACAGUUAUAUUGACAUAACACGAAUAUCGUCCGACAGAUUUUCAUAUUCUGUAAAAGCCGGGACCUUUUUGCAACAUGAUGACUACGACAUCGGAAAAAGAGAUUCCUCGAAAGGCCCUGUAAUGGCGGCUAUAGAACACGAGGCAUUAGCUCAAUAUGCGAAAUUGCUCGUGAAAACGGUUAUUUCUGAUGCGCACAAGAAAUUCGUCUGGAGCAAGGAGGGUCGUCAGAUAAAUGAGAAGAAAAGUGAAGAACCAGUCUCGUUACGGUCGGCAACUUUGCUACCAGUUAAAACAAACUCUUCCGAAUGUAAACUCUCUAACCAGGACGAAAUGCAUAGGACUGAAAUAAAACAUGGGGAAUCCUGUAAAAGAUCGCUCAAAAAUCAUCGUGAUAAAAAUUCAAAUGUGUUUUUAACAACUGAUAAGGAUGAAAUAAAUGGAAUGUCGUCUUCGGACUAUUGUCGAACUGUAGUAGCUGCAGGUUUAUCUAGUAUUGCCAUUCGUCAGGGGAUGAACGAACUUAGACUCAUAGCGUGUAAAGAGUGGCAUUCGACAAGGCCAGAAAGUAAGCAAGCAUCCUCAUCAACAUCUUCAUGUGAAACGGAACCGGAAGUUGACAAGUAUACCAGAUACAAAUCCAAAUUAAGAGAAUUGAAAAUGCAGCGGCAACGAGGAGGUGGUAGAAGGAUUCAAAAUAUGGAUCAAAAGAACUCGGUGUCCGUGGAUAAAAAGUCUAAAUUUGUCCAACAGCAAAGUGAAUCGUCUUCGGAUGAAACAUCAGACGACAGCAGUGUUGAUGAUGAGGAUGAGGAUGAAAUUGACAAGGAUUCCUUUGCAGCUCUCCGGAGGAGAAUUGAGGAAACCACCAUAGCGGAAAUAGAGAAACUUCUCGAUAACAUGAGGAUGUUGUUGAUAGCGAGACAGGCACAACAUUCCCGUCGCAUAGAGCGAUACAGACGCAAAGCAGAGUCAUCCUUGCCAAGUCCACUUUGUCUUGACCAUAAUGGCUACCUACCUCCGUCCAUGCGCGAGACUGACCAGCCUAACAACUGCUGGUGUAGUAUCGAGAAAGCGGAAGCGGUUCGAAAACUGGCGUGUGAAGUUUUCAGAGGCAGAGAUCUAGAAAAUACAAAACUUUGUCUUCUGAAAAUCGAAGACGAGCACAAAGCAAUGAGGAACAGAAUAAAUGCUGGUCAAAAUUUAGUUUUCAACACUAAGUCACUGAAAACUCCUCAUUCUACGAAUCUAGAAGUACAGACAAAACGCGUUCUGCAAACGGAAGGAGAGGCACUCAAAGCCUCUUUGAGCAAAUACCUUGGAGAUUUCGAAAACGCCUUAACUCAUCAUUAUAUUCAUGGUUCCGAAGAUUCGGAAGAGGUAAAAAAUGAUACUCAAAAUGAGAAAGAAUUUGAGUCUAUCUUAAGUAAGGAUAUGGAUGAUUUCACUAAAGACUUGAACAGAGUCUUUGAUGGAAUUCAAGAUGAAGUCAAAAAGGAUUACGAGAAUAGUGAAAAUCAAAAGACAACAACUACCGAACAGUUACCUGAAAAAGACUUAGUGGACACUGUACAUCAAGAAGGGAUUCCACUUCCGGUCAAAAAAGAUAGUGUAUUAUCCGAAGAUUCGGAGAAAGAAAUCGAGGAGAGUGUUCCAGCCGGAGAUACAACACGACUGGCGCGUAUAACUGCUCAGGCAUUCAGAUUGGACUCAUCACGGGAGUUCCUUGCUGAGGAGUACAAACAGCUGAAAGACAAUCGACUUGGUGUGGAUUUAACUUUCCUAGCUCCGGAGAAAGUCAAGUCAAUUGAAGGAGAGUUUUCUCCGCUUGUGACACCCAGAUGUAGCAUUUGUAAAUUGCGCCAAAAGGUUAACAAAGUAGAUAAUUCUGAGGUCAGUGAGAACAUACAGACGACAGAUAACUAUGAAACAAGAACUGGUUCUUCGGCUACAGUCAAACGUUUUGGCGGGCACGAAUAUGACGUAGUAACCGGAUGUGGAAUUAGGAAACACAAAGUGUCAUGCGCAUUGUGUAAAACCAGGAAAGAGGUCGGUGUUUAAUAUAUACCAUGAACAUUUUUUUCCUCCUCCUUUCUUAUUUGAUAAAAUGUUAUCAAAUGCUAUCAAAUAAAAAAGUUUGUCUUAAUUAGAAAUAUAUAUGUAUCUUUUGUUUUAAUUAGAAACAUAUAUCUAUAAAUGGUACAAUAUGAACGUAUGGAUGAAUUCUGAUUCGAGUGGCAUUACUAUUAAGUUUAUAUUAUACAAUGUGUUCCGUAGGACAGCCCGGUGAUUAUAAAGCCAUCUGGCGUGUCAAUUCGCAUGCACAAUUUAUGAUACAUAACUUCAUUCAUUUAGUAAUUGUAAAAAAAACUGGUGGAUUACCCAACGGCAAUAAGUUAUAUCAAAGAAAUGUUGGAAACUGCGCCAGCACACGCUUCUGACUCUCUCUAGCGACUCUUUACUCGUGCGCCGGAGGUAGGGUAGUUGUCCGUGUGCAUUCAAAGAUGGUUAUCUCCCCUUGAUAUUACUUCAGCUAAUACACCUCAACGGAAUGUUAUUGCUUUUGAAUUACAUUACUUGAUCAGGUGAAUGAUAUUAAUCUUGUAAAUGACUUUCUUAAUAAUCUAUUAGACCGAGGGCACGGAUCAUUUGCCUUCUGACUUUGCGUGACCUCGGACGAGUUCUAUAACUACCAAGUGUUGCCGCAUGCGUACAGUGAUCAAGAUGGCGGACGUUCGUGAAGUGAACAAUCUAUUUGCUUGAUAUGUGUUUUAGGUAUUUGUGUAGAUCCCACAGGAGCUAUGCAUCGACAAGAUUGAUUUCUAGCAGAGAUAAGUCCAUUGGCUGAAUAGCCCAUUUACUGAGUUCAAAGACAUCUCACCUGUUGAGAGCGUGGGUACCUGUAGCUCUGAUUGCCUGGCUGAAUCUAACAGUCGUGCUGAGAUUCCCUGACGUGUGGCAGGGCAAUCAUAGACUCACUCAUCUUUCAAUUUGCUAUAUUAGAUGAAUUAAUGAGAAUAUUUAUUCCUGACAAAGUGUCUAGGCAAUUAUAUCCUGAUUAUACAAGGGUCAUGAAAGUGAGAUUGUCCAACGCCUAAAGCAAGAAUGAAUAUAUUAACCAUCAGAAAUAAUUAUUGUUUAUUUAAUAUCUCCAACAGAUUCUUAUUAAACUAAUUUCUGUUUCUCUUCGUGACGAAUCUUAUCAUUUUUGGUGAUUAUUUUUUUUACCUCUCUUU